AUUGGAUUCCAAAACUUCGAGUUGUGGCAAACCAAAUCCGGCGCCAUUGUCAGCUUUGCAGGAACCGUAGCGCUCAGCCGCAAAUUCCAAGAAUGGCUCGCCUAUUGCUCAUCACUGCCGUCCGUUUUCCUACACAGGAGUGGAUUAUUUCGGCCCGCUUCUAGUAACUGUGAAGAGAAGCAGUGAGAAAAGGUACGGGGUCCUAUUCACAUGUCUAACUACGAGAGCCGUGCAUAUCGAAAUUGCCUAUUCGUUAUCUACAGACUCGUGCAUUCUCGCCACACGUAACUUCAUGGCACGGAGAGGUAGUCCGUUAGAAAUCUGGAGCGAUAAUGGAACAAAUCUUAAAGGCACGGAAAGAGAACUAAAAAACACAUUUGCGCAACUCGACCGUGAUCAACUGACCAAGACCUUUACGACACCAGCAACUAAAUGGAAUUUUAUACCGCCUGCGUCUCCCCACAUGGGUGGAGCCUGGGAGAGGUUAGUCCGCUCUAUAAAGAACGUACUCUAUCGCAUCAUGCACCACACUCAUACAAACGACGAAGUUCUUCGAGCAGCCUUAAUGGAAGCAGAAAUGAUAGUCAACUCGCGUCCACUGACAUACAUCCCAUUGGAUCAUGAGGCCGAUGAAGCGCUAACACCCAACCACUUCUUGUUGGGUAGCUCAAGUGGCGUUAAACCAAUUGCUGAACCAGUAACUGAAGGUGUUUUAUUACGACGUAAUUGGCGAUCAUCUCAGCAACUUGCCGACGCCUUCUGGCGGCGUUGGGUCGCGGAGUACCUUCCCAUCAUAACACGAAGAAGUAAGUGGUUCGAAGACGUAAAGCCGAUCGAAGUUGGCGACAUUGCCUAUAUAGUCGAUCAAAACAAUCCAAGAAACUGUUGGCCAAAAGGAAAGGU